CGGACCUCAGAUGAGUUCCUAUCGUCUCUUUAGAUGCUUUUAAUCUGGAUGAUUUCUCCCGGUUUAUAAUGGUGAUGCCAGUUUAAACCAAACGGAGAACAAUACAUUAUUUUAUAAAUAAAUGUUACUCAUUAGCAUAUAUUCUAGGUUGAUUUCAUGGCAACAGAUGAUUUUAUAGUCCAACUGUACUUAUGUUGUGGUAGAUUGGAUGGGGAUUAGCAAGGGGUUGAGGCGCAUUCGCCCUCUGUUAGGAGGCUCUGAACAACCUAUUAAGGGGGGUAAUAAUAUUUCUUGCUUAAUUCUCGAGGACUUCAGCCGUGCUCAAUAUAUAAGAGUGGCACUGACAAAUCUCCUAAUAAACUGCAAAUCUUUCAUGCCUAAUGAGCUCUAACUUAUUUGCUAAACAAACUCUAACCAAUGCUUAUCCCCUGAACAAACCAAAACACACGAUAAUUACUCUAGCCACUUGUGGACGCAGCUUGCGCUCGUAUGUUGUGCCCAAGAAAGCAUCCACAACAACUUACUGAAGGGUCCUGUUUUCAUUUGAAACAAACAGAAGGGACUCUUUUCUUGCUUUUCCAAACCAACAGACUUGUCUUUUUUUUUUUCUCGAACAUGCAGGAGAACUGUGUGUCGUUGUAUUAAUAGAUAGAAAUAGUCCGAUUACAUGGCGAAUCCAUGGCUGGGGUUUGUUUUCUGUUACAAUCACGCCCUUGAAGAAUUGAACUACCACGCACUCUCCUCACUGCAACAGCUCCCCUAGCACUUCUGCCGCUGCCAUCUUCCACAAGGUUGCUUGUUCAGCCACUUCUUGCAGGACAAGCUGGGUUCUUGGUUGGCAACCAUCAAAGAUACAGCGGUUGCGGAGCUUCCAGAUCGACCAUGCUGUGAGGAUCAUCAGUGAGUUCAGCCCCUUUCUGGCCAUCUUCAGCGCUCCUCGCACAGCCCACCGCCACCGAUCUUGGAACACAUUUGAGUCCUGUGAUGGUGCAAGGAAUGUCUGAUGAACCCUAGUUUGCAAACUUUUAUAUGAAGCAACUUAAAUCGUAUGGGGUUCCUGUUCCAACAUAUGCUGUCGUCAGAAGAGAGUACCCUAACCAAGAACUAAACUACUUUGUUGAGGAUGAUGAUUUUAUUGAGAUCCAUGGGAAACGGUUUUGCAAGCCUUUUGUGGAGAAACCCAUUGAUGGUGAUGACCAUAAUAUAAUGAUAUACUAUCCGAGCUCAGCUGGUGGAGGAAUGAAAGAACUGUUCCGUAAGGUUGGUAAUCGAUCUAGUGAGUUUUAUCCAGAUGUGAGGAAGGUGAGGCGAGAUGGAUCUUACAUUUACGAGGAGUUCAUGCCUACAGGAGGGACAGAUGUCAAGGUUUAUACAGUUGGGCCUGGAUAUGCACAUGCUGAAGCACGCAAGUCUCCAGUUGUGGAUGGGGUUGUCGUGAGAAAUUCUGAUGGAAAAGAGGUGCGCUAUCCUGUUCUAUUAACCCCUUCUGAGAAACAAAUCGCAAGGAGCGUUUGCCAAGCCUUCAGACAAGGGGUGUGUGGCUUUGAUCUUCUAAGGUGUGACUUGGGAGAGGCAAGAUCCUAUGUAUGUGAUGUGAAUGGCUGGAGUUUCGUGAAAAGUUCAUACAAGUACUAUGAUGAUGCUGCAUGCAUUCUGAGGAAAAUGUUUCUUGAUGAGAAAGCUCCACAUAUUUCAUCAACCAUUCCUGCUAGUCUUCCUUGGAAAAUCAGUGAGCCAGCCCAACAAUCUGAGGCUGUGCGAUUUCGUGAAAGGGGAACUGUUGGAAUAUCUAGGCCAUCAGAAGAGUUACGCUGUGUCAUAGCUGUUAUACGCCAUGGGGAUCGCACACCAAAGCAGAAGGUGAAGCUAAAAGUAACUGAAGAAAAGCUUUUGAAACUGAUGUUGAAAUACAAUAGUGGAAAGGCCCACGCAGAGGCAAAGCUUAAAAGCGCCUUGCAGCUGCAAGAUCUGUUAGAUGCAACGAGAAUCCUUGUUCCGCGAGCUAGAUCUGGUCGUGAAAGUGAUAGUGACGUUGAAGUCGAGCAUGCAGAGAAGCUACGCCAAGUUAGAGCUGUCCUUGAAGAGGGUGGACAUUUUUCAGGUAUCUAUAGAAAGGUACAACUAAAGCCAUCAAACUGGGUCCGCAUUCCUAAAGAUAACAGAGAAGGGGAGGAGGAGUGUCCAGUUGAAGCCCUAAUGGUUCUUAAGUACGGUGGUGUUCUAACUCAUGCAGGAAGGAAGCAGGCAGAAGAAUUGGGAAGAUACUUCAGAAAUAAUAUGUAUCCAAGUGAAGGACCAGGAUUGCUUCGCCUCCACAGUACAUAUAGGCAUGAUCUGAAGAUAUACAGUUCAGACGAAGGUCGUGUUCAGAUGUCUGCUGCGGCUUUUGCUAAAGGUCUUCUUGAUUUGGAGGGGGAGUUAACACCAAUCCUGGUUUCACUUGUCAGUAAGGACUCGUCUAUGCUAGAUGGACUACAGGAUGGUACUGGUGACAUAAAUGAAGCAAAGGCUCGGUUGUAUGAUAUCAUCACAUCUUCAAAAGUUGCAAAUUGUAAUGAACCUGUGGAAUUCCCAUGGAUGGUUGAUGGAGCUGGAGUGCCUAAAAAUGCUGCUCAGCUGCUCACAAGUUUGGCUGAAUUGACGAAACAAAUAACCGCACAAGUAAAGAUGCUUUCUGAUGAUGAAGAUGAGAAAGCUGCAAUAGAUAGUGAUUCACCGAAUCAUCCUUAUGAUCAAGCAAAGGCCCUGGGGAAAGCAGAAAUUGAUAAGGAUCGUAUUUCUGCUGGAUUGCCUUGUGGCAGUGAAAGCUUUCUUUUGAUGUUUGCCCGCUGGAAGAAACUGGAGAGAGAUCUCUACAACGAAAGAAAAAAGCGCUUUGACACUACGCAAAUUCCUGACAUAUAUGACUCUUGCAAGUAUGACCUUCUUCAUAAUUCACAUCUCAACCUUACUGGCCUGAAUGAUCUCUUCAAAGUUUCUCAGUUGCUAGCUGAUGGUGUCAUUCCCAAUGAAUAUGGAAUAAAUCCAAAGCAGAAACUCCAAAUUGGCUCAAAGAUAGCACGCCGUUUAUUGGGAAAGAUUCUAAUUGACCUGCAUAACACAAGACGAGAGGUUACUGCUGCUGCUGCUGAAUCUAACACACAUAACGAUACAAAGGCAGUGUCAUCUACAAAACGGAAAGAGAGGUGUUACUAUGAGGAUGUUAGGAAUGAAUGUUUUGAAAGAUCUGGCUCGAACAAGAAGUCUAUUGAUCUAGAUGACUCCCACAAGGAAACAAAAUACUGCCUGGAUCCAAAGUAUGCCAAUGUGGUUGAACCUGAGCGACGUGUUCGAACAAGGCUCUAUUUUACAUCAGAAUCACAUAUACACUCUCUAAUGAAUGUAAUUCGCUAUUGCAAUUUGGACGAAUCUCUGAAUGGACAAGAGAGUCUUGUUUGCAGAAGUUCUCUAUAUCAGCUAUUUAAAACACGAGAACUCGACUACAUGAGUUACAUAGUCCUGCGUAUGUUUGAAAAUACAGAGGUACCUUUGGAACACCCAAAGAGGUUCCGUAUAGAGAUGACAUUUAGUCGUGGUGCAGAUAUAAGUUCCUUGGAGACUGGAGGCAAAGCAUCUUUGCUACCUGAUGACCAUACAAUGCCAAUUAUGGAGCCAGAGAGACUGCAGGAAGUUGGAUCAUAUAUCACCUUAGACAAAUUUGAUAAAAUGACACGCCCAUUUGCAAUGCCAGCUGAAGAUUUUCCUCCAGCUGCUCCUUCCCAACCUUUGCCGGUCCGCUUCUGCAAGGAUAUCGAAUUACAAGGAGGAAGAUCGCAGCAUAAGUCAGAUAUCCUCAGUGGUAUUUUGAAAAGAAAGACAAAAAAGCUUCAGGAAUAGCAUGUAACCACCCAGCUGGACUUCAAUUUGGCUAAGUCGUCAGGCAUAAUCUCAACAUAAGGCCAGCAGAGCAUGUUGUGCAUAUAAUAUAAUUGUGUGAAUAAUGGGUCCUGUAUGUGUACAGGGUGCUGCAGGUAGCUUGUUCAGGAUUUACAGUUUCAGGAAGGCUAAAUCUAGGCUCUGUUUUUCAUGUCCCAGUUGCCCAAUGUACAACCAAAACUUUGCUUGCUUAGUUUAUACUAAUACGAGUUAAUCAAAAUUUUUGUUGAAAAUUCCCUGAAAAA